AAAAAACUCGAGACAAGUUAUUCAGCUCACUUUAUAUCUAUUUAGAAGAUUUAUCUGGACAUAUUUGAGUUAUUUAAGUAAACAAUGUCACUGGAAAACUUAAAAGCUUGGAAAAAUUUGCAGAGGCACUUCACUGAGGCGGGAUCCAAAUUAAAUUUCCGUGAUCUUUGUAAGCGUUCAGGGCGUUUUAAUAAAUACUCACUUGUGUUUUCUAUCUCAAGCGAAGAAGAAAUAUUAGUUGACUUUUCUAAAAAUAUUGUUAACGAGGAAACUAUGAGUUUACUAUACGAAUUAGCUCGAGAAUCUGCACUCGAGAUAAAACGGGAUGAAAUGUUUAGAGGAGAAAAAAUUAAUUUUACAGAACAGCGUUCAGUUUUGCAUACUGCCUUAAGAAACCUCAGUAACGAUCCGGUUUAUGUAGAUGGAGUUAACGUUAUGCCGAAGAUCAAUGAAACAUUGAAUAGAAUGAGUACGUUUGUAAAUGCUGUGCGUAAUGGCCAGAAACGCGGCUACACCGGGAAAUACUUUACUGACAUUGUUAACAUCGGCAUUGGAGGCUCUGAUUUAGGACCUCAUAUGGUGACGGAAGCUCUUAAGCCGUACGGCAGUAAAGAUAUUGCCGUCCAUUUCGUUUCUAAUAUUGAUGGAACGCAUAUUUCAGAAACAUUGAAAAAGUUGAAUCACGAGACUGUAUUAUUCUGUAUUUCUUCCAAAACUUUCAAAACGCAGGAAACCAUGACCAACGCCCACACUGCGAGAAACUGGUUUUUAAAAUCCGCUGAAAAUGAAAAGUAUAUAUCCAAUCACUUUAUUGCUAUUUCCACUAAUGAAGAAGAAGCAAAAAAGUUUGGUGUCCAAUCGGAAAAUAUUUUUUGUUUUUGGGAUUGGGUGGGAGGCCGAUAUUCGCUCUGGUCUUCCAUUGGGAUCUCCAUUGCUUUGUAUAUCGGAAUGGACAACUUCAUUGCUUUGCUUGAAGGAGCCCAUUUGCUUGACUUGCACUUUAAAAAUAUGCCAUUGGAGGAGAAUAUACCAGUGACUUUGGGAUUACUUGGAAUUUGGUACAACAAUUUUUUUGGUGCCCAAAGUUACGCUGUUCUUCCUUAUGAUCAGUAUUUGCACCGCUUUCCCGCUUAUUUGCAACAAGUGGAUAUGGAAUCGAACGGGAAAAGUGCGGACAGGGAAGGGCAGUUCGUUAAUUAUUCUACAGGUCCCAUCAUCUGGGGAGAACCAGGAACAAACGGACAACACGCCUUUUAUCAACUGCUACAUCAGGGAACUAAAUUAGUCCCUUGCGAUUUUUUGCUUCCAAUUGUUUCUCAUAACCCUAUUGGCCACGGAAGACAUCACGACAUAUUAGCAUCCAAUUGCAUUGCACAAACAGAAGCAUUAAUGAAGGGAAAAUCAGAAGAAAUUGUUAAAAAAGAGCUUGAAAAACAAAAAAGCGAAGCGCUUGCUAACAAACUUCUUCCGCAUAAAAUUUUCGCAGGCAACAAGCCAAGCAAUUCAUUAUUUUUUACGAAACUGACUCCUCGUGUCCUUGGCGCGUUAAUUGCUAUCUAUGAAAUGAAAAUCUUUACACAAGGCAAUUUUUUUUAAUGGAUCAUCUGGAAUAUAAAUUCUUUUGACCAAUGGGGAGUCGAACUUGGAAAAGACCUGGCGACUGCGGUUUUGUCAGAGCUUUCAG